AAAAAGUGAGAAGGUUUUUGGAAGCCGCGCGUCGCGGAAACAGGGUCGAAGGACGGCCAAAUGAAUAUCUCUCAACUGCCGCUUGAAUUAAUAGAUGAGAUUUUGAAACAUCUAGAUUCGAUUUCGCUCGUUAAAUCACGAGAAGUCUGUCGAUCAUGGCGUGCUUUGCACUUCCAACGAAAGUACAAUUUGGUUUGGAGAUGCCUCUGUUUAAGAGACAUAGAUUGGGAUAUUUUGAUCGAAAUAACUGGAAAAAGAGUCGUCGUUGGAUGCGAAGAUCCUGAUUCCUCCUAUAAAAAUAAAAAACAUGCCUCACUGAUGGUUGACAGUGUAGACUGGGCGGCGGUUUAUCGAGAAUGGUUCCGUAGCCGCCAUAUUGGCAAGUGGCCAAGUAUGGCAUGUGAGUUUAACUGUCACAGAGGUGAGUAAAAUGUUACCUACCUACCUCCUGGCGGGAAAGGCGUCGGUAAUUUUUAGUGGGCGGGACAACACAAGAACGUAGGAAAACGUACCUAAAAUAAUGAAAAUUCAUCAUUAAAAAAAAAAAAAUACUUGGUUAAGGGACAGGAAACCCUUGCACUUGUCUGUCGAUGGCCCUCUCCUGAGUGGAGGGACCAGCCCCCUGAGCUGUAAAUAUAAUUUGGUCUUUGGAUAAUGUCUUGGUCAAAUUGCAAAAUACCUGGCCCACUAAGUAUCUAACUUAAAAAACCGCUCCUGCAAUCCCGCAGUCGUCCGAUUUCCAUAAUAAAUUUUCACAUCAACUGCAGGAGUGCUGGGCUACAGGAGCACUACUAUACUUUGUUCUAUAAGCACACUUGAUUCCGAUUGAGGGAGUGCGGGACUGCAGGAGCACUCGUUUUACUCACUUAGAUUGAACUAUUCAGUAUAAAAGAACACGACUGUGGCACUACAGGAGCAGUUUUUCAAGUAAGACAUUAAGUGGGCUGGGUAUACUGCAAUUGCUCCAAAGUCUUGUCACUAAAUUGUGGCCUUGUCUGAUGAAAUCCCACCUACAGUCAGGCUUGAUGAUUCAAUCAUUACAAAGGUAAAGAAUGUGUCAAAUGAAUGGAAUGGUUAUCCAGAAAUUUUUACAGUUUCUUGAGCUUUAGAAAUUUCUAGGCAAUGUUUUCUACUGCGAACAGUUAUUUUACAGAAAAAAGUCAUUGUGUGCCCCUGGAACAAGACACCUGUAUGCAAUCCCAUACUUUUUUGUCCAAUGUAACAGUACCUUUUAUCUUUACUAACUGCAGGUGCAGUGUGGGAUAUUAAGUACUCUGGUGAUCGAUUGGUAACUUGUGGGGAGGAUGGUACCAUUCGCAUAUGGGAUAGCUGGACAGGUCACUGCGUAAGAUCUAUUACAGCUCAUCAAAGGGCUGUGCUGUCUAUUUCUCUGAGGCAAGCACUAGGUUUGUAGAGUUUUUAUGCUAGAUACCUAUUCUUCGACUAUAAACUCUUCUGAUAGAAUACCAGGAUUUUUCCUUUUACUAAAAAAUCAUAUCUUCAUCGCGCGCAGUGAAGAUACUAUUUUUAUUUUUCACGUGUGAGAAUAUUGGUGUCGCCAUAGUAACUAACAUUAAGUUUGACUUUUUGGAACAGAAAAUAUAAGUAUUAUUGUCUUUAAUUCUCCUUUACAACUUUAUAUCCGAGUUUCAUAACAUUUUUGUGACAUGCAUUUUGCGAUAGCUGUGCACUUUAAUAAUAUUGCACUAUUUUGCUGUUUCGAAAAUGAAUUUCUAAAAAAGUUGUGUUUUAUGUAGGAAUUUCAUCAGUAUCUAUAAAAUAAACAGAACAUCACAUGGCCACUUGGGGAUACGAAUUUUAUCUUCUCGUGCUGAAAGUAUCUCCCACUCGUUUGCUUCGCUUAGUCAUGAGAGAUACUUUCAGCACUCAAAGAUAAAAUUCGUAUCCUCGGGCGGCGAUGUAAUAUCCUCUAUUUCUAGAUAUAAAUUAUUAUCAUAUUCCAAUGGUAUUUUUUAGGAUCGUCACCACAUGCCGACAUGCCCCACGACUUGAUGGUAUCUGGUUCUAAAGAUUGUUCAGUCAAAGUCUGGGAGUUAAAUAUCCCAGGCCCUGCUCUUGUCACCUUGCAUGGACAUGUUGCUUGUGUCAACUGUGUUGCUGUGGAGUCUAACUUAGCAGCUUCUGCUUCGGACGAUGGUUCCAUUAGAGUCUGGGAUAUCACAACGGUUUGUUUUUGUAACUUCAUUACAAAGCAUGCAACAACCAUCAUCAGCCUUGUGAGGUGACAGGUUGUGUAACAGAAAAGUUGCGAAUCCCCAAGUCACCUCACAACGCUGAUGAAGUCUGAGUGAUUUGGACUAAAAUAAUAUUCAUUCGUUGUCUUAUUUCUUGCUUUGAGUUUUGGAAUUUUCUGUACUAAUGUCUUUGCAACAGCAGGUGAAAAACCUUUUUGGUAACCUUUUUUUCCAUUGUUUUCAGGGUCAGUGCUGCCAUGAGCUCAGUAACCUAGGGGAGUGGGUGAAGUACGUGAGAUUUUGGACGCAGGAAACCCUUCUUUUUGUCACUGACAACUGUAAAUCGGUUUUAUGGUGAGUAUCUGCCAAUCUCAUUUCCCAAUGGUCCCUUCUUUUUUUGCUGCUCUCUUGCUGUAGGAGCUGGAAGGAGAGAGGCCUGGGAAUAAGUUUGAGUAUGAGCCCUAUGGUCAAACCAAGGGGGACUGGGUAUGAUUCUGUGUUUUGUGAGAUAAACAACACAAGAGCCACAAAGUCCGAAAGAGUACACCAAGCUUGGCAAAACCCUCAGAUUUGGUGCUGAGAAAUGUAUGGAUUGCCACACACUGUCUGGACAUCUAUAUAAUUAUUUCUUAGAAAAUUCUGGAAGAUUUUGAAAGCCUGUAUCAGUCCCAUUCAGUAUUGGCCUGAUAAACACCAGCCUUGAUGAUUUUGAAAAGCUCAGACUGCUAUUUCUGGCUAUGUGGGUUCCAUGUUGUUGCAUGAUCCUAUAAUUCAUUGACUCGUAGCCAGUCCCCCCUCGGUUUGCACCAUUAUAUAGCAAAUGAAUUUAAAUUAUGUAACAUAAAUGUUAUUUUUUGAUGUUUUGUUUUGCAGGUCCGUGAAAGGUUGGAGGCCCUUAUCAUCUGUUCAAUUGUCUGAUACAACGACUCAAGGCAGCUCAUCACCCUUAAACCCAGGGGUACAGGGUGCUGUCCUCAGGGGUCAAACAUCACUUGUGUUAACACACUCAUAUGGACUUUUCUCUUGGUAAAUAUUUUAGACUUAUUGGACGAGGUUGAGCAAAAUAUUGUUUUGUCAUUGGUGAGCAGAUCAAUAAUAAUAAAUUAUUAUUAUUAUUUGCCGAAUUCAUUCAGUCACUGAGUUUGUUUUUUGAUAAAUAUCUGUGGGAAGCUGCCAUUUUCACACAAGAGCCAUUGCAAGAAGGAGAAAAGCGUGGUUUCAUUUGCGCGUAAGCAGAAUGUCAUUUGCAGCCAAACACACUUGGACGAAAUUGCGCAUGAGCAGGCCAUUACUUGUAGGCAGUUAUUUGCAGGUCACUUGGUGGGCUGUAGGCCAAUGAAAAGGAAGAAAAAAUUGCACCAGAUGAUAACAGCCCUUCUUAAUAUACGCUAAUGCAGCAUCUAAUUAAAUGUCAUGUAAGGGUAGAGCAACAAAUGUCACGGCUUUACAAUGGUAACAUACUUCGCAUCGGCGGGUGAUACAUAUUGUUUCUCUUUUUCUACUCCCAUUUUUAGGGAGAACCAAUCAGAUAGUAGCUUCAUACAUAACUUCUCUCUGAUUGGUGAACAUACUCAGAAUGUCCAACGAGGAGAAUGUUUAGCUAUGCAUGGAGCUUUGGUUGCCAUAGGAACACGUUCAGGCGCAGUUUUUGUGUACCACCUUAAUGGGAAGUGGAAAGAUCAGGUGAGUAAACCUAAAAACUCUUAACUGACGCAGUUUAUAUGGUGCACUUCAAUACUUUCCCUUACUAUUAUAGAUGAUUUCCUGCAUUUUUCUGAGCUACAUGUUUAUCUUCAUUAGUUUUCAAUGUAUCACAGGCCAUUAUUUGGUGGGCUUGAUUCCGCUGCUCUCUUCAAGAAAAGAGCAAUGACUCAUUUACAGAACAGAGACUGCUAAUCGAGCCUAGCCUUCUGGUAGUGUGCAAAAAAUGAUUAAGAUAUUAUGCAGAAUUUUCAGCUUGUCAGAAAAGGUGUCAGAAAAGGUCUAUAACCCUUUAAACCCGAAGAUCAAAAUUUGGUUCUUAUUCGUUGCCCCUAAAUGUUUGCAAUAGUGUAAACAAACUUCCUACCAAGUGAAAAUUUUAAUUUUUAUCCAACUGAUUUGGUAAAUACUAAAACAACUAUCCCCCUCAGGGUUGGUGAACUUGGUAUACAGCUAUUUCGAGAAAGGUUGUCGGAAAAACUGUGCACGCGACAAUCACGAAAGGUAAUAUGGGAUAUGAUCGAUGCACUUUUCCUGACGCUGUAGCUGCUGAAUCUACUUUUGCUGCUUUUGUUAAGCACUCGCAAACAUAAGUCUAUGGCCUCUUGUGCCAUUCUUUGAAAUUUCUUUGAAAAACAGUGAACUCAAAAUCACCCACAAUACCUUUCGGGAUUGUCUCGUGCACUUUUUCCAACAACCUUUCUUGAAAUAGCUCUAUAUCCACCACUAUUCACCUCCCCUUCGUGGGAUAGUUGUAAAAUAUACGUUGAUAGUGAAGCAUUUUUCUUUUCCUUUUAGUUUUCUAAGGUUCACUGUGUGUUGCAUACAAGUCAGUCACCUGUCAAUGCAGUUGCCAUUGCUGACGAUGGCGAGGGUCCAGUUCUGGCCACUGGGGGAGACAAUGGAAUUGUAAAGGUCCUUCGCUGGUUUCCACCAAGUAUACAGAAUGAUUAAAACUUCCCAAGAGGUACAAUUCAAUGUAGUAGUGACAAGUGAAAGUCGGGGAAUACACGAACUUUUUAAAAUGCAGCACCAUUUUAAAUUUAUGCAUAAUGAAAGAUGAGAUAUUAUUUGGCUAGAGUUAUCUGACCAGGUUAUUAUUAAUUUUAUACAAGUACAAGAGAAUUUAAUUUAUUUAUUAUUUUGUAUGUAAGGCCUGAUUCAAGUGAAAACAACAACAAUUACCAAACCAAACUGAUUCAAAUGCUGUUCUUCUGUCAUGCCUACUUUAUCAGUUAAGUUGCGCCAGGCUCAUGACAGUUUAAAACCAGGCGUAACUGAACAUAAGAGACAAAGAGAAAGAAUACAUAGAUAUGAAGUGACACUUCAAUUUAUUGACCAUUCUUUUUACUGAAAAAUAC